CUUUUCGAAAAUGUUGCGAAAAUCCGCAAAAGCUGGAAAAGCCACGAAAAGCGCCCGCACCACCCAAAGCCUGGUCCGCCCCAUCCCCGACCACACCUGCGAGCUCCCGCUGCAGGAGGAAAUCGUCACCUACACCAUAUACCACUCCCUCUGCGUCCUUCUGCGUCGCAGGCUCUGGAAAUGGGUAACGGUGAGUUCCUACAGCCCCGACAGCAAAAAGUACCUGAAGUCGGCGGCCCGCAUUUACGACGAAGAGGUCCGCCACCUGCGCAUGCACCCCAACAUGAUCCACCCCUUCAGCAGCUUCCGCUUCUGCUGGGAGAUGUUCAUGCUGUGCACCUGGGGGGUGCAGUUCGCGAUCAUACCGCUGACCAUCUCCGUGGAGCAGCACUCCGAAGUCUUCUUCUACGUUUACAGCGGCAUCUGCGUGCUUUGCAACGUGGACGUAGUGAUGUGGUUCUUCACGGGGUACUUCGACGCGCGCAAGCAGAUGGUGGUGCUGAAGCCGCAGAAGGUGGCCAAACACUACAUUUUCACGUUCUUCGUGGUGGAUUUCGUUACGUCGCAGCCGCUGUGUCUGUACUUUGACUUUUUUUUCGCGGAAGUGUACCAGUUUUCGUGCUAUGUUUUGUUGAUUAAGCUGGUGCGUUUGCCCACGUUACUGAGUUAUCUGCAAAAGCUGGGCGAGAGAACAGGAUUCGCGAUAUCUCACGUCAGACUGAUUACUUUUACUAUCUGGAUCCUCGUUUUGCUCGGAUGGGUCUCCAGUAUCGCGUACGCCCUCGUCUCCUACUUCCACCCGGUCUCUCUUGCUCAAACUGCCAUCGCGGGUUUCCCCCUUCUGAUGACCGCAUUUAAAGUGACUCGAGCCCUUAUGGUAGUCGGCGUCACCGACAUAAUCAACAGCACUAACCUAGUAAUGAUAGUGGAGAUCGGUUGCAUAACCGUGGGUAGCGUCCUCCAAAUCAUCAUUUUAGCCAAAGUCAUGCAGUUCUACCAGAAGCGCUCCAGCUCCCGGAACAAAUACAACCACCUCCUCGAAGAAAUCGGCGAGUACAUGAAAUACAAAGAACUCCCCCACCGCCUCCGCGACAAAAUCCUCCGCUACAUCGACUUCAAGUUCCAGAAGCACAUCUUCCGCGAAGAGGACGUCCUCAACAACCUGUCCCCCGUGCUCAAGCACGACAUCCUCAUCCAGCGGUGCCAGACCAUGAUCGAGAAGGUGGACUUCUUCAAGGACCUGCCGCCGUCGGUGAUGGUCCGCAUCGUGACGAAGCUCCGCUCGGAGAUCUACCUGCCUAGCGACAUCAUCGUGAUGGCGGGCUACACCGGCAACGCGAUGUACUUCAUCUACGUGGGCACGGUGGCGGUGUACACGGGAGGCGGCAAGGAGAUCUGCCACCUGGACGACGGCGGCCACUUCGGGGAGAUCACGCUGCUGAUCAACGCGCCGAGGGUGGCCACGGUGGUGGCGGUGAAGGAGUGCGAGUUGUUCAGGCUGAGCAGGAGGGACUUCCAGGAGGCGAUCGAGCCGUACCCGGAACUGAAUAAGAAAAUUCGGAGGCUGGCGAUGAGUCGGCUGGAGAGCACGCUGCAGAUGAUGUCGCAGGAGAACGAGGGGGUGCAAACACUGAAGAGGAGCGACAGGAGUUAUUCGGUUUAUUAGUAGUUUCAUUGUAGAGUAGUUACUCGGUAUUCACUUUCUUAGAGGAUGUUUUACUGGUAAAUUGAUGAAUUGUAGAA